UUCAUUCAUUUCUGUUUCAAAACUGUUGAAGUGUCGUGAGUUGAGUUUGCGACUUUGUUUUGUGAAACAAUAAUUUAAUUAUUUUCAUGCUUUGUUAAAGAUUAUAUUUUAAAUAUGACAACUUUAUACAGUGUAUUAAUUUUCGCUUGUAUCCUGCCAGCAGUUUUCAGCGUACGAUGUUAUCAAUGUGCAUCGUCCCAAAACUUGCUAGAAGAUAAUUGCGGCGCUUAUACGUCAUUUGACAAAGAGAGUCACAUAGCAGUUGACUGCUACAGCGAAGAAACAAAUAUACAGGGAGCAUUUUGCAUGAAACUGACUCAGCAAGGACCUAAAGGGUUUAUUUGGGAUGGUAGAUGGCGUCAAGUGAUUCGCCGCUGCGCCUCAAUAGCAGAUACCGGAGUGACCACAGUGUGCAACUGGGGAGUGUACGAAAAUGGCGUCUAUUGGGAGGAGUGUUACUGUGCUUCGGAUGAAUGCAACGGUUCAUCAUUCAUUACCUCUUCCAUUGCACUGACCUUGAGUACCAUAGUUUUAGUGUACUUGCACAAACUUGUUUUGUGAUGUAGUUAAGUUGUAGUUUCAAAGUUGACAUAAUUGUCAUUAACAGGGCCCAAACUUUUAGUGCCGAUGAUGUAGAUGAUUGUAAACAAUUACCACUUAUCAAUGUUUUUAAUUAAACAAUAUUUUUGGAGGUAAGUGACAGAAACGUGUAUUGCUCUUGAUGCAAUCAUUUCCUAAAACUUACUUUAUUUACCACAUCAUCUAGUGUGCAAAAUGGCAUCAUUUUUACAUCACCCACACUUAAAAUUCGAGCCCUGGACAUGAAGACUAAAUGGUAUAUUGGAAGGCCGAAAGGGCAUUCAUGCAAAAUGAUCACACAUACAUUCUAGUGCACCUGAAAGAAUAGUUAGCAACGGUAUUCAAAUGUUGACAGUUUGAGGACUUAGUAGAUCAUUAUACUUUUGUAAAGAAUGUCAUGUUCAACGUUCUGUUUUUUUUUAAACAACAAAAUGGCCACCACAAUUGGAUUCUAGUUAGAUUGUAGCCAAAGGAAGGUGUAUAAUUCAUAUUUAUUUCAAAUUAAUUUGACAGUGAAAGAAAGAACACUACAUUAUAGUAACAAGCAUUAGCCUUUCUGCGUUUUAUAUAAACAAUUGUCAAUUGCAUUACUGAUUUGAGAAUUAUAAAUAGGUUACUUUGAAACUGUCACUUUAUGAAUUACAGGCCAUGUAAAAUAAGUGUAGACAUACAGAUGUAGUGCAUAAUUGUUUUUCAUUGUCGGUAUUUGUCAUGCUACAUGCUACUUCAAUCUACCUCAGUACUUUUUGUACGGAGACUGACUGAAAUAUCAAGAAACAUUCAUACAUUUCCGUGAAAAUACGAUGAAAAAUAAUUAAGCACUACAUCUAUAACAGAAACAAUACCAUUUUCAUGUCUUGGGUAGAUCGUACCUAUAUGUAUUUUGCACUAGAUUAGAAAAUGUCAAGAGCGCCUAAAUAUUGUAAAUUUGUAUGUUGUCAUUUUGUUCCAUCCAAUUUGUUACUUCUUUUCUUAGUUUUUAGUACUUAUACAUUUUUAGCUAACUUUUUAAAUGAAGUUAUAGAUACAAUUCUUGGGUAGAAUCUGGACCUAUAUGUAUUUUUUUUUUCAAUAGAGUAGGUAAGUAAAUGUCAAGAGCCUUGUAAAUUUGUGUUUUGUAAUUUUUUUCCGUCCAAUUUAUAUUAGUUUUUAGUACUUAUACCUGCAUUUUAUGCAAACUUUUUAUAACUGUCUUCAGUAAAGAUCUUUUAUACAUAUAGAACUUUUUAUAAAUAUAUUCUCAUUUCAAAGUGUAAAUUUUGCACAAUAUUGAUUUAAGACAGUGUAGUUAGUAAAAUAUGUAAUAACAAAAUGCCUUAAUAUAGAGUAAGUAUAAAUUAGUAUCUUAUGCCUUAGCAUACUUAUACAUUUUAAGUGUUUUUCUAUCUGUUCAAUGACUUGAGAAUCUCAUUUAUAUUGUUUACUUAUCAAAUUUUUCAUGCAGACAAUUAUUUUAUACUUUUCAAGAUAAAUAAGAUUUCAUAAUCAUUCCCAAACCUGUGAUUAAGAAGCAACUUC